AUGCCGGUAACUGCGAUCGAAAGCACGGCGGACUUCAUGGAGAAGAUCAUCAGCUCAGAAGAUGCCGCCGUCCUAGACUGCUGGGCAACCUGGUGCCCACCCUGCAAGGCCAUCGCUCCAAUGUUCGAACAGCUCAGCGAGGGCUUCCCGCAAGUCAAGUUCUUCAAGGUUGACGUCGACGCCGUGGAAGAUCUUGCCCAGGAGCUUGGUAUCCGAGCUAUGCCUACAUUCGUGUUCUUCAAGGGAGGCGAGAAGAUCACCGAGGUCGUUGGCGCUGAUAUUAAAGCUAUUGAGAAGGGCAUCAAUGAGCUUGUUGCCGCUUAA